UCAGUUUUUUGGCGUCGUUGGCGAGGGCGUGAUCGCCGUGGUGGUAGCUUUUGCCGACAUAGCUGCUGCCGUCACACCGCCGUCUGCACCCUUUUUGAGGGCCUUGUCCACCUGGAGCUCGAGCGGCUCUUCUCCGAUGUCGGCGGCGGAUUGGAGAAGGACUCUGGCGCCGACAGGGGGGUGGCAGAGCGCAUCGGCGGUGUCGGCAAAAGGGCGCCUGCUUGCCGCCACGGGCCCUACGACGCCGCCCAU